CCAAAUAAGGGAAAGCAUGGAAGUAAGAGAGAGAAAAGGAUCUGCAUUGGACUAGGGACACAGCCAAAUGUAUCCUAAUGAGAGAAAGAGGAAUAUAUGAUGGAUAGUUUUAGAGCUUAAAAGUUUAAACAAACUGCAUGUCAGAAACUGCAGGCUGCUUUUAAAUGAAACCAGAGAAUGAUAUGGUGCUGGUUGUGACCCUCCUCAGCAUUGUGACCCUGAUCACUGCCUUACUGAACAUUUCAGUCAUACUUGCGAUCAUGAACACCAAAAAACUCCACAUGCCCGCCAACUACCUGAUCUGUUCUUUGGCUGUCACAGACUUCCUGGUGGCCAUCUUGGUGAUGCCCCUAAGCGUCCUCUACAUCGCCACAAAGAGGUGGAUGUUGGGAUGUGUAGUCUGUGAGGCGUGGCUGAGCGUGGACAUGAUCUGCUGCACCUGCUCCAUCCUGCAUCUAUGUGCCAUCGCCCUGGACCGCCACUGGGCCAUCACCAACGCCCUGCAGUACGCCUGCAAGAGAUCCCCGCGCCGCGCUGCCAUCAUGGUCACCAUCGUGUGGACCAUCUCCAUCCUCAUCUCAGUGCCGCCUCUGUUCUGGAGGCACAGCGGGGAUGACAACUUUGGUAACUACACCAAGUGUAUCAUCGAGCAUGACCACAUUGGCUACACCAUCUACUCCACCUUCGGGGCCUUCUACAUCCCCAUGGCCCUCAUUCUCAUCUUCUACUACAGGAUCUUCAUUGCUGCCCGGACCUUGUACCACAAACGGAGCUCCUCUGGGAGCCUGUGUAAGAGGAGAGCUAGCAGCCACAAAUGCCUCAGUAGCUGCCGCAUCGCACCAACGUCUCUCUGUGCGUCUGAGCUGUCUACCUCGGAUCCCGUGCUAAACACAGAGCUGAAUAGAGUCAACGAUCCCACCGGCCCAAGCCAGGUAGCGGGGAACUGGGGGACUUGUGAUGAGAGGACCCAGAUCUGUGCCUCCAGAGAGAGGAAGGCUGCCCGCACACUGGGCCUCAUCCUGGGGGCUUUUACCCUAUGCUGGCUGCCUUUCUUUGUUAAAGAGUUGCUGGUGGGCAUCCAGGUGUUUCAUGCCUCAGCACAGGUGUCGGACUUCCUCACGUGGCUGGGAUAUGUUAACUCACUCAUCAACCCCCUGCUCUACACCAGUUUCAAUGAGGACUUCAAAAAGGCUUUUAAGAAACUGCUCCGAUGUAACAAGCGCAAAUAGGACUGCUUUCUUGGCUGUGUCUGGUCUGAUUGUUGAUUGGCUGUAGAACAUGUAUUAAAGAAGCCAAUUAACAUUCUGAAUCCUAGAAUACAAUUACUGUAAGAGUGGAGUAAAGAAUAUUUAUGAGUCAUGACAUGACUGCGCCAUAAGCUAAAAAGAGCCUUUAAAUCUCAGACAUUUCAUGUGCUAUCCUCAAUGCUUAUUGAGUUACAUCUGCCAGGUCUAGUCUCCAACGCAACCAAGGCCGGGAGAUUUAAAAACACACCGGUAAACAGAAAGAUGAAGAGAUAGUACUGCAUCUUAAAGGGGCAAACAGCAGUUUAAACAAUAACAAAGCGGACACCCCACCA